CAAACCAUCAACCUUCUCCUCCACUAAUUCCCCUUUCUGUCACCCCCUUAAUUCUUUAUUUCUCCAUAAUUUUCUAUUUCAAAACUGGUAGCCACCUUUAAGCCACCCCAAUCACCGCCACAAGAAUCACCUUAAGUUGCCCUAAUCACUAGUGCAAGCUGUACACCUUCUUCAUCCAAAUGUCGCAUUUCCCUAGCCCUCAAUCCCUACACAUAACCUCCACAUUUAGCCACCCAAUUGUCACACCCUUAGCCACCUAGUUUUCGCACCUAACUCAAAAUUUACUAAGAUUCCCAUUUUUUAUUUAUUUUUACAUUCUAAAGAUGUAUCGUACUAGAAAGGCGAGUAUGUCUCAAACCACUAAAUCCCGAUAUCGAUUCCAUAGAAAAACAGAGAGGUUUGAAUCAAUUUUCAAAUAGCAAUCAAUGCUUCCAGAUAAAGGGUUCAACUUGGAAAAUCUUGAUCCAACGAAAGUGUUGUCAGACAUUUGGAAACUUAUCAAUGUAAUAAACUGGAAUAUGUUUUGUAUGAAAAGACCACUUUAUGAGGCUAAAUUAGUUCAAAAAUUUUACUCAAACUUGACUUCGUUCACCAAAAUAGAAUUUCUUGUUCAAGGUAAAAAGGUAUCUUCCGCAACUCAACCUAUAAAUGGUUUUUUUUUUCACUUACCCAAUAAAGAGGAUGACAAUUAUUCUGCUAUGUUGAAAAAUGUUGAUUUGGAUUUACCUCAAGAAGUGUUGAAAGAAGUCACGAUUUUCGGAUCUAAAUGGGUGAUUAAGAAAUAUGGAAGUGACACUUGCCGAAGAGAGUUUCUGAACCCAACAACAAAGAUUUUUUCUUCAAUCCAUAGAUGCCAACUUCGGAAUCCAAGAGAGAUGAAUUCAUCACUCUGGAGAGAAGAGCUAAACACACAAAGGGUCGUGGAAAAGUGGAAACAAUUUCAGAUAGCGAGGAUUCUACCAAAUAAAUAAGGGGAUGUUCUUUUUCCUUUCUUUUUAGGACAUUUUAGAUUUAAUAAUUUCCUUCCAUUUUGGUUUUCUGCAUGAUAAAAAAUUAAAGUUGAAAUUAUGAAUAAAUUGGACAUAUUUGCAAAUAAAAA